AUGGCGGCGCUGGGGGGACCUGUACGGCUGGAAAGGGAUAUCUGUAGAGCAAUUGAAUUGUUGGAAAAACUACAAAGGAGUGGGGAGGUACCACCACAGAAACUUUGGGCUUUACAAAGAGUCCUGCAAAGUGAAUUCUGCAAUGGUGUAAGAGAGGUAUAUGAAUGUGUCUGUGAGACUGUGGACAUCAGCAGCUGUCCUGAAGUGAGAGCUAAUGAUACGGCAAAGGCUAGUGUUGCUGCAUUUGCUGCCAGUGAAGGACAUUCUCAUCCUCGAGUUGUUGAGCUUCCGAAAACAGAAGAGGGCCUUGGGUUCAAUAUCAUGGGAGGCAAAGAACAAAACUCUCCAAUCUAUAUAUCUCGAAUAAUUCCGGCAGGAAUUACUGAUAGACAUGGGGGCCUCAAGUGA